AUGGCACCCCGAGAUGUGAUCGUAAUCAGUUCUGACUCGCCGUCUCCUCCCCCACACUCUCCUCCACCUUUGGCCGCCCAACCAAACUUAAUCGACUACCUCGAGGCAGAUCUUGACGCCGCCCUAAACGGUGACCUAAACCAUAACCUGGACGGCAGCAAUCUUCAGGGUCUACCGGAACCAUCACUGCAAAUGCCUGCCGUCCUUCGGUCAAGCUUAGGGCCAGCAGCCCAAAAUGAGGGGAUGUCAAAAUGCGAGGAGGACGUUUUGAGCUGUUUCCCAGAUAUUUGCCCAGGCUACCUCAAGACCCAAAUGCAGCAACAUCAUUGGAACUCCCAAAGCAUUGUCACUCGCCUCCUGGACGACCUUGAAAAGGGCGAGCCGUAUCCAAAGCGGGUUUCACUGAAACAAAAGCGUCCAGAAAGGGUCGAGGAGAAGGAGAAGGAGGAGGUCAAGCGCCGGAAAUUUAACCAUGAGGAUCCACGGCUCGUUGAUAAAGAACCUACAUACCAAAAGCUUUACAUCAAGAAGGCGAAAGCACUCCUCAAAGUUGCUUUUCACCAGCGGUAUGCCGAAGACAUCGAAAGCGCUCUGAAAGCGAACAACUACCAGCUUUAUGCGACAUACCUUCUUCUUGACAAGGCUUCUUGGAGUGCAGAGGGAAACGCCAUGAAACAUAAAAGAAUCAGCUCCAAGCGCCCUCACGCAGAGGAGGAUUUGCGGCGCGGCGUGGUUCAUCAAGCAGAAAUUGAUGCUCUAGCGGCAUUCGAUGCAGCCCGUGCCUUUUGUACGGAGGAGGCCGAGGCGCGCGAAUCCAAGGAAGCCGAGCAGAGGCAGAAGGUUCAAGAGGAGGAAGAGAACUUCCGGCGCGCCAAGGCCGAAGGGUCAGUUGCUGAAUGCGGUUGUUGCUACGAGGAGCUGGCUCUCAACAGCAUGGUUCACUGUGCCGGAGACACAACACAUUGGUUCUGUCGCUCAUGCGCCAAGCAAAUGGCCGAGCAUUUGGUCGGGCUUUCCAAAUACCGCCUUGGCUGCAUGUCGGUAGACGGCUGCGACGCGACUUUUUCUAGGGACCAGAAAGAGCUCUUCUUGGAUGACAAGCUGACCAACGCCCUGGAGCAGAUUGAGCAGGAGGAGGUUCUUCGAUUGGCUGGAAUCGAGAAUCUAGAAAGUUGUCCAUUCUGUCCGUAUGCGGCCGAGUAUCCUCCAGUCGAGGAAAACAAGGAGUUUCGGUGCGAGAAUCCGGAGUGCAACUUGGUCAGUUGCCGCUUGUGCCGACAGGAGACCCAUAUACCCAAGACUUGCGAGGAAAUUGCGAAGGAGCGCGGGCAUUCGGCUCGGCGUACAAUCGAGGAGGCAAUGUCUGCUGCCUUGAUUCGCAAGUGCAACAAAUGCGGCACUCCCUUCAUCAAGGAACAUGGCUGCAACAAAAUGACGUGCACCCGGGGCGGAUGUGGCAACGUGCAGUGCUACGUCUGCUCCAAAAGCGUCGAGGUCCGCCACCAAAACGAAGUCCAUGCUGCUGAGGCGCGGGCCCGACAGCAAGUCGUCGAGCAGAAUCCCGAUGUAGGGGAAGAAUUACUGGAUAUUAACUUCUCGGAGAAAGUCAAGGAGGACGAUGUGCGACGCGGGGGGGCCCGCCCGACACCACAGCGGGCUCAUCAGCGUCAAAAUUUGGGCGUGGUGGUACCGGGGCGGCUCCCAGUUGUUUUCGCGAACCGAGUACUUCCCCCAGCAGCAUACAUCGACGCGCGCCCCAGGAUCAGACAACUUGCUGAGUUUGAGCAACAGCUGCAAAAGUUGAAAGCACAAGCGGACGCGCGCGGGAGAAUACUGAUACAGACACCUCCGGCGGCACCAGCGCAGCCACCACACGCUCGACAGGAGCCAGUAGGCCGGGUCGACCACCCUCAGGUCUUCCAGUACCCGCCCUAUAAUAUGAUAGACUUCACCCCCUUGGCGCAGACUCCUGGUGUACCCACCCCACGAUCUGCUCCGCCGGCUACUGCUGCUCCGGCCGCUCCUGCUGCCCCGGCGGUUUCCGUUGCUCCGGCCGCUCGUGUUGACUCUGCUGGGCUUGCUGCCCCCGUCACCCCCACAGCCCGAGUUGCUUCUGCUGCCCCAGGUUUUCCGGGUCAGCCUUACGUGAACGGCGGCCUCGGGUCUUUGCGCCAUAAUGCUUUAGUUGCAGGGGCAAGGGAUGCCGGAGUCGGGCAAACCGUUAUCCAGCCUGGAGGUACUGUUAGGAAGUGUAACCUGUCCGCUGACCCCCGCAACAACCUCUCCGCUAACUAUCUUAACCACGACCCGUUUGCUGACCCUUAUAAUAAACCGCUGAUUAACGCUGACGCCAAGAACCCGUUCGGCAUCUAUCUCGGAUCUCCCUGGCGCCCAGAUGCGGCCAUACAGGCUCGGGGUCAGGCUCCUCAACCUGGCCACCGGCCCAAUCCACAACAAGGAGCCGGCGCCAACCACGGGACAGGGGCUCGGGGGUCACAGUUUCGGGAAGGAGUUGCGGCCGAGAACGCGAACCUUGCCGCCCCGAAUAUUGAGGGCUUCCCAGGCCUGAACAUGCGGGGUUUUCCAACUCCAAUUGAACGGGACUCUGUGGUGCCAGAAAUCCAAGACCCGCCGCUCCUCAUUAUUCCACGUGGAAAAAGGCGGCAAUAA